AUGAACAACAUUAAUAUCGUUUGCCUAGGUGGGGCAAGCGAAGUAGGUAGAUCGUGUGUAAUUAUAGAAAAUGAGAAGAGAUCAAUUAUGUUGGAUUGUGGAAUUCAUCCAGCAUUUAUAGGAAUCGGGUGUCUACCCAUCUAUGACGCUUAUGAUAUUUCUAAGGUGGACUUGUGUUUGAUUACACAUUUUCAUAUGGAUCAUAGUGGUGCUUUACCAUAUCUUGUUAAUAGAACCCGCUUUAAAGGAAAGAUAUAUAUGACAGAAGCAACUAAAAGUAUUUGUUAUUUAUUAUGGAAUGAUUAUGCUCGUAUUGAGAAAUGUAUGCAUAUUAUGAAUAAGAAUAAAGCAAAUAAAAAUAAAAAUAACUUGGGUGAAAGUGGAAUCGAAGAAUAUGAAAACAACAAAAAAAGGGGAGGAUUAUAUUCCAUUGAUGAAAAUGGAAGUGAUGACAAUGAUGACGAUUAUUAUCAAAGCUAUAUGUGUGAAAUGGGAGAUGGGGAUAUAAGGCAUAAUGUAUUAUAUGAUGAAAAUGAUGUUGAUGCAACAAUGGACUUAAUAGAAACAGUAAAUUUUCAUGAACAUAUAGAAAUAGAAGAUAUAAAAUUUACAGCUUAUAGGGCUGGUCAUGUUAUUGGUGCAUGCAUGUUUUUAGUGGAAAUAGGUAAUGUGCGUUUUUUAUAUACAGGAGAUUACAGCAGAGAAGUAGAUAGACACAUUCCAAUAGCAGAAAUCCCCUGUAUCGAUGUGCAUGUUUUAAUUUGUGAAGGAACAUAUGGAAUAAGAGUUCAUGAUGAUAGAAAAAAAAGAGAAAUUCGUUUUCUUAACAUGAUAACAAGCAUAUUAAAUAAUAAAGGGAAAGUACUAUUACCAGUGUUCGCAUUAGGUAGAGCUCAAGAAUUAUUAUUGAUCAUGGAAGAGCAUUGGGAUAGAAAUGUACAAUUACAGAAAAUUCCAAUUUUUUAUAUAUCCUCCAUGGCUACGAAAUCUUUAUGUAUAUAUGAAACGUUUAUAAAUUUAUGUGGAGAUUUUGUUCGUCAAACACUUAAUGAAGGUAAGAAUCCUUUCAAUUUUAAAUAUAUUAAAUAUGCCAAAUCAGUUGAUUCCAUUUUAAAUUAUUUAUAUCAAGAUAACAACCCAUGUGUUAUUAUGGCAUCCCCGGGUAUGUUACAAAAUGGAAUUUCGAAAAAUAUUUUUAAUAUUAUUGCAUCUGAUAAAAAAAGUGGAGUUAUUUUGACAGGAUAUACUGUGAAAGGUACAUUAGCUCAUGAAUUAAAAACUGAACCUGAAUAUGUUACUAUUAAUGAUAAAAUUGUAAAGAGAAAAUGCCGUUUUGAGGAAAUUUCUUUUAGUGCGCAUUCAGAUUUUAGUCAGACGAAAACUUUUAUCGAAAAAUUGAAAUGUCCCAAUGUUGUUCUAGUUCAUGGGGACAAAAAUGAACUCAACAGACUUAAAAACAAACUAACUGAAGAAAAAAAGUAUUUGUCUGUUUUUACACCUGAAUUGUUGCAAAAAUUAACCUUUCACUUUGAGCACAAUGAUAAUGUUGUCACCAUGGGAAGACUUUCUCACAAUAUUAGGAGGUUAGCUCAGGAAGCCGAGAGAAGACAACUGAUAGACAAAGGUAAAAUUGGCCAAUUGAGCCAAGUAUUGACAGACACAGGUCAAGGGGGAGAAAUAAAAAAAAAAGAAAACGAACAGCUAGGAAGUGAUUCAAUGGCACAGGAUAGGAGUAACCAAGAGAAUGAGAAAAUUUGUAAUGAAAAUAGAGAGGAAAAUAUAUUUUCUAAAGAAAUAGAGGCUAUAAUAAUUUCUGAGCCGAAAGGAGUCCCAUUCAUGAUCUACGCCAAUGAUAUUUAUGAAUAUACAAAUUUAAAAACAGCCUUAAUCGACCAGACAAUUAAUAUAAAAUUUCCAUACAAAUUUGAGCUAUUGUAUCACAUGCUUAGGAAUGUAUAUGAGGAAACUUACAUGCAGGAGGAGGAGCAGUGGGAGGCAGCAAAUGGAGAAGAUGUGGAAGAUGUAGAAGAUGUAGAUCAUAAUGAUUGUGGAGGUAUUAUAUUUGUGCAAGAUGUAAAAAUUUAUUAUUUUAGAAUUGAGAAAAUCAUAAAAAUUAACUGGUAUUCAAGUCCAGUAAAUGAUCUUAUUGCGGAUAGUAUUAAUUUUUUAGUUUUAGAAUUUUUAGAUAGUAUGAGUAGUAACAGAAAUAUUCCCAUAUGUAAUGACAUAACAGAUGAAAAUAUAUACGAAAUGAUUAUUUCCUAUGUUCAAGAAAAUUACACAAAUGUGGAGAGAUUUUCAAAAGUGAAGUUAAAAGAGUUCAUAUUACAGAGACGUAGGAACAGAGAAGAAAUAGAAACGGAUAAAGAUAUAAAAGAUGGUGAACAUACCAAUGGGGAUAUAAGCCUGAAGAAUGUCCAACCUAAUUCAAACGAUGAGAUAAAUGAAGUCAAUCAACACAGCAUUAGAGAUAGUGUAUACGUGGAUAGUGCUAAAGAGAGUGACGAUUGUGAGGAAAUAAAAAAAUUUCUAAUUCUUGACAAAGUUUUAUUUGAUUAUAUAGAUGCAGAUGCUAGUUUAUCUGUAACACAUGAUGAGGAAAAAAAGGUUGUGAAUAUUUUGAAUGGGGCUUAUUAUGAAAUACUAAAAUUUGAAGUUAAAGAUAAUAAUAACAAUUCCGUAAAAGUGUAUGUUGAUAUAGACAACAGAGAGGUAAUUUGUAAAGAAAUUAACAUUUUGAUGAAAAUUAAGGAAAUUUUAAGAAAUAUAGAAGAAUCCUUAUUACCCAUGUGCUUUUAA